AUGGACAACCUCACCCCCUCAGGAAUCUACGCCCUCUCUACCUCCGCCUACCUAACAAUCCAAUCCCUCCCCCUCCUCCUCACCCCCAGCCUCAUAACCUCCCUCCUUUCCCCCGACCCCCGCCGCCCCACCGACCUCGAAACCUACUUCUGCCGCGCCCUCGGCCUCAGCCUGCUAACCCUCGCCGCCACAAUCCUCCCCUUGACUGGCAUCCUCCCCACCGCUUCCCCGUCCAAACAAGCACAAGCCGAAAAGGAAGACGCGACGACGGACCCGUACGCUUCGCCGACGGUGAUAACGACAUCCACCUACCACGCCCUCAACGCGUUUUACCUCUACACGCAGCUGGCGCCUGGGUCGUGGAAUUUCGGUUUCACGGCGGGGAUUACGCUGUCCGGGACGUUGUUUUGUUUUGGGCUGUGGGUGAUGAUGUUUGGUGGGGACAAAGGGCGGACGAGCAAGAAGACGGGGGCGGAUAAGCGGACGGCGAAUUUCCCUUUUACGAACGCGGAGAGUAGUCGGGAGAAGAGGAAGGAGGCGAAGGCGGAGGGGAAGGUGGAGAAGGAGAAGCGGAGGAGUAUGGCUAGGACGAAGAGUAGGGAUUACUGA